CAACAUUUUUUUUGUUCAGUCUGUACUAACAUAAUGUUUUAUUUAUUUACAGCACUGAAACUAACUUAAUGAUUGAAUUCGAGAACGACGAAGAAAACGUGGAGCUUGAAGACAACACACCAGAAGACCACCAAGUUGACCAGGAUGACGAGGAGUCAGAAUCAAAUAGAUCAGAGAGUCAAAGCAUCUUAACACUAUCUGCUUCAAACGCCGGAUCAUCUUGCGCUUUACCUUCACAACCAACAGUAAUCACAAGUCGAAAGCGCGGCCCAGAGAGAAAGCUUGAUGACUUAGGAAAGACACUGACUGAUUACAUUAACCUAAAGAAGAAGAUAGCUGCUUCAGGAGACAAGGCUACAGAUGUUACCAAGUCCGGAGAAGAUGUUUUCCUCGAAAGCUGCAUGAUCAGAAUGAGAAAACUCCCCGAACACAUCAAAUCCAUCCUACUUUUGCAGAUUUCACAACUCUUCUAUAAUGCCGAAAAUCCUAAACUACCACAUCGGCAAAUAACACCUCUACCGUAUGAGUCCGGACGUCCACAGCAGGUCGUGCCAGUGAGCAUCGACACAAGUUCAACCCAGUAUUAUCAUUCACCGCCAACCAAUACUCAGCUUAGUGGAGAUAUGAUAGCAGACUGCAUGCGAAUAGUAAAUUUAUAAACAUAUCAACUGGUCGAAAUAAAUGAUACCUAUGGUUAUAGUCUAAAAAUAAAAUUGUUUGGAUGAAA